CCGCAGGCGCCGAGCCCCUCGGCGUCGUCUCCGGGGAAUGUGGAGAGCCGGCAGCAUGUCCGCGGAGCUGGGAGUUGGGUUCGCGCUGCGGGCAGUGAACGAGCGCGUCCAGCAGGCUGUGGCGCGGCGGCCCCGGGACCUCCCAGCCAUCCAGCCCCGGCUAGUGGCAGUCAGCAAAACCAAACCUGCAGACAUGGUGAUUGAAGCCUACGGUCAUGGCCAGCGCACUUUUGGAGAGAACUAUGUUCAGGAACUACUAGAAAAAGCAUCAAAUCCUAAGAUUCUGUCUUCAUGUCCUGAGAUCAAAUGGCACUUCAUUGGCCAUUUACAGAAACAAAAUGUUAACAAGUUGAUGGCUGUCCCCAACCUCUUCAUGCUGGAAACAGUAGACUCGGCGAAGUUGGCAGACAAAGUGAAUAGUUCCUGGCAGAAGAAAGGUUCUACUGAAAAAUUAAAAGUCAUGAUCCAAAUUAACACCAGUGGAGAGGAUAGUAAACACGGCCUUCCACCCUCAGGGACAAUUGCCAUGGUGGAACACAUAAAGGCCAACUGUCCCAGCCUGGAGUUUGUGGGGCUCAUGACCAUAGGAAGCUUUGGACAUGAUCUUAAUCAAGGACCAAACCCAGACUUCCAGGUGCUGGUGUCCCUACGGGAAGAGCUCUGUAAAAAGCUGAGUAUUCCUACAGACCAGGUUGAGCUGAGCAUGGGCAUGUCCAUGGACUUUCAGCAUGCAAUUGAGGUAGGAUCUACAAAUGUCCGGAUAGGAAGCACUAUUUUUGGAGAACGGGAUUACUCAAAGAAACCUGCCCUAGACAAGACCACAGCUGAGCUGGCGGCCCCAGUGGCGGCGGCCCAGGAGCCCUAAGCCCAGGACAGCUAAGAAGACCAGCCGCGCACUGACAUGGGCUUUCAUUUCGAUGCUCCCCGCAUUACAGCACAGUCACUCCCGCCUGUGGCCCGGAUAGAGGAUGUCAUGUGUGGGUGGAAGAUGCCUGUGCUUAGCUUCUUCUGAUCGAGAAGGUUUGCUUCAAGCAGAGGCUUGGGAUCAAAUUCGAGAAGCCAAUACAUGUCUUCAAAACAGAAACCAAACCAGUAGUCAGGAAUUAAGAUCACUGAACUCUUCCAAGGAGCACCACACAGUCCAUGAAUGCCUCUUCCUGAGUAUCGUUACAGCUGACGCCUAUAAUGGGGAAAGUAAGGGUCUCCAUUGUCAUCCCCCUUAAAUGGAAUUCCCUGUAAUUGCCAGUUUCCUACAAGUCCUCACUGAACAGUGUCCACCAUUGCUCUUGACCAGUGAUUGCUGCCCUCAGUCUCUUACCCUGGUCAGUAGGUGUGGAAGUGAUCUGGAAGUACAGAACAGGUCACCUUGGGCAGCUCUAGGCACAGCUCCACUGUGGUAUGGACCUAAAAUUUCAAGGCCAAAAUUUGGAAAUGAGGCUUGGGCCUUUCUGUUUUUCCUCUGGGAACUACAGUGAUGGGGAGUCCAUGAGAUGAUACCUUCUCCAACUGGGUCGUUUCCUGGCAAGUUUUAGCAAAGACAGUGAAUGCCACCCCCCACUGGAGACGCACAUCUUUCAAAGCCAGUUUAGGCAGGUGGUUUCAAUACGGCCUUGCUUUGCCUUUCCUUUUCCUGAGAAGUAUUUUCCAGGCACAUUUACAGACUCCUUCCAUACUUAACAAGCCAGAACCUCGCAGCUUUUCUUGACUGUACAUACCAGCAUGAACUUAAAAAUCCAGAAAGCAGUCAGGCACAAAGGUACACACCUGGGAUGUCAGCACGUGGGAGAUGGAGGCAGAAAAAUUAGGAGUUCGAGGCCAGCCUAGGUUACAAGAAGCCCUGACUUCAAAAAAAAAAAAAAAAAAAAAUGUAACAGCAGAAACAAAGCACAAUUCUCUAAUAAUUAUAACAGGCUUCAGUCUGGGCUGUUUACUUUCUAGGUAGCUUUUUCUUUUCUUUAUUUAAGCCCCAGUCUUUAAUUUUAUGGACAUGCUGCUGCUGCUGAAUGUAAUUUUAUAAAACUUACAUCAUUAUGAUUUCUCUUCAACCGAAGCUGUGUGAUAGGUUAGUCUAUUAAAUAAAACUGUGAGCUUGAAUGAUACCAUCUGUGCCAACUACAGAACAAUUAAAAGAUUAUUUUUUGUGA